UGAGGCGGCUCGCAUGGUUCUAGAGAACUUCUCUGAUGCCCCCAUGACGCCCAAGCAGAUCCUGCAUGUUAUACAGACCAAGGGGCUCAAGGAAAUGAGGUAAACAACCACCACACACACAUAUUUAAUUAAAGGGAUAAUGCGAGAUUCUGGCAUUUAAGCCCUUGUUCUACCACUUACCCAGAGUCAGAUGAACUUGUGGAUACCAUUUUAUGAUUCUGCAGACAGUAUGAAUUAAGUUAGCAUUGGCUUGCAAAACUACAGCUAACUAGUGUUAGCGCAAUGACUGGAAGUCUACAGGUACAAUAGCAAUGCUACAGUAGCAUACUGCACGCGGAGACAUACAAAUGGUAUCCACAAUUUCAUCUGAUUCUGGGUAAGUACGGUUGAAGUUGGAAGUUUACAUACACUUAGGUUGGAGUCAUAAAAACUCGUUUUUCAACCACUCCACAAAUUUCUUGUUAACAAACUAUAGUUUUGGCAAGUAGGUUAGGACAUCUACUUUGUGCAUGACAAGUAAUUUUUCUAACAAUUGUUUACAGACAGAUUAUUUAACUUAUAAUUCACUGUCACAAUUCCAGUGGGUCAGAAGUUUACUUACACUAAGUUGACUGUGCCUUUAAACAACUUGGAAAAUUCGAGAAAAGGAUUUCAUGGCUUUAGAAGCUUCUGAUAGGCUAAUUGACAUCAUUUGAGUCAAUUGGAGGUGUACCUGUGGAUGAAUUUCAAGGCCAACCUUCAAACUCAGUGUCUCUUUGCUUGACAUCAUUGUAAAAUCAAAGAAAUCAGCCAAGAUCUCAGAAAAAAAUUGUGGACCUUCACAAGUCUGGUUCAUUCUUGGGAGCAAUUUCCAAAUGCCUGAAGGUACCACAUUCAUCUGUACAAACAAUAGUACGCAAGUAUAAACACCAUGGGACCACGCAGCCGGCAUACCGCUCAGGAAGGGGACGCGUUCUCUCUCCUCAAGAUGAACGUACUUUGGUGCGAAAAGUGCAAAUCUAUCCCAGAACAACAGCAAAGGACCUUGUGAAGAUGCUGGAGGAAACAGGUACAAAAGUAUCUAUAUCCACGGUAAAAUGAGUCCUAUAUCGACAUAAGCUGAAAGGCCGCCCAGCAAGGAAGAAGCCACUGCUCCAAAACCGCCAUAAAAAAGCCAGACUACGGUUUGCAACUGCACAUGGGGACAAAGAUCGUACUUUUUGGAGAAAUGUUUUCUGGUCUGAUGAAACAAAAUAGAACUGUUUGGCCAUAAUGACCGUCGUUAUGUUUGGAGGAAAAAGGGGAAUGCUUGCAAGCUGAAGAACACCAUCUCAACCGUGAAGCACGGUGGUGGCAGCAUCAUGUUUUGGGGGUGCUUUGCUGCAGGAGGGACUGGUGCACUUCACAAAAUAGAUGGCAUCAUGAGGAUGGAAAAUUAUGUAGAUAUAUUGAAGCAACAUUUCAAGGCAUCAGUCAGGAAGUUAAAGCUUGGGUCUUCCGAAUAGACAAUAACCCCAAGCAUACUUCCAAAGUUGUGGCAAAAUGGUCUAAGGACAUCAAAGUCAAGGUAUUGGAGCGGCCAUCAUAAAGCCCUGACCUCAAUCCCAUAGACAAUUUGUGGGCAGAACUGAAAAAGCGUGUGCGAGCAAGGAGGCCUACAAACCUGACUCAGUUACACCAGCUGUGUCAGGAGGAAUGGGCCAAAAUUCACCCAACUUAUUGUGGGAAACUUGUGGAAGGCUACCCAAAACGUUUGACCCAAGUUAAACAAUUUAAAGGCAAUGCUACCAAAUACUAAUUGAGUGUAUGUAAACUUCUGACCCACUUGGAAUGUGAUGAAAGAAAUAAAAGCUGAAAUUAAUCAUUCUCUCUAUUUUGACAUUUCACAUUCUUAAAAUAAAGUAGUGAACCUAACUGACCUAAGACAGGGAUUUUUUACAAGUAAUAAAUGUCAGGAAUUGUGAAAACUAAGUUUAAAUGUAUUUGGCUGAAGUGUAUGUAAACUUCCGACUUCAACUGUAGAACAAGGGCUUAAAUGCCAGAAUCUCGCAUUAUACCUUUAAAGCCCAUCUUUAUGGUAAUGUAUACCAGCAACAAAACCAAGAAUGGAAGCGCUCAUGUUUUAAUUUUAAAUUUUAUCCCCUUUUCUCCCCAAUUUUUCGUGGUAUCCAAUCGCUAGUAAUUACUAUCUUGUCUCAUCGCUACAACUCCCGUACGGGCUCGGGAGAGACGAAGGUCGAAAGCCAUGCGUCCUCCGAAGCACAACCCAACCAAGCUGCACUGCUUAAUACAGCGCGACUCCAACCCGGAAGCCAGCCGCACCAAUGUGUCGGAGGAAACACCGUGCACCUGGCCUCCUUGGUUAGCGCGCACUGUGCCCGGCCCGCCACAGGAGUCGCUGGAGCGCGAUGAGACGAGGAUAUCCCUACCGGUCAAACAUUCCCUAACCCGGACAACGCUAGGCCAAUUGUGCGUCGCCCCACGGACCUCCCGGUCGCGGCCGGCUGCGACAGAGCCUGGGCGCGAACCCAGAGACUCUGGUGGCGCAGCUAGCACUGCCCUAGACCACUGCGCCACCCGGGAGGCGGAAGCACUCAUGUUUUAUGUAAAAUAAGUCUAUGUUAUGAGAAUAUCCAUGAGAAAGGAAUGUUUCAACUUUGACUCACAUUUUUCACAAUUCUUCCAUGAUCUCUACCUGGCCUGAUCCACAAUAUGCUCAACAAAAACAGAAGUGGCACAGCCCCUCUGGCCUGUCUGGUGACCAUGCUGCACUCCCAGGUGAGGGGGGACAGAGUAAAAAACAGCAUCUUCUUUAAGCUUCCUGGCAGGAUGAGUCUGUUUACCUUGAAGAAGAACGCUCUGCAGUGGACCAAGAGUUCCACGGAGGCGGAGACAGCCGAAGCCAGUACACUGGCUACUGCUAACGCAGCAACAGCAGGGCCAACGGAAGGUGUGGAGCAAGAGAGCUGUGACUCCAUGGAAAUAGUUGCAGCCAGUGGAGAGAACGAUGCAUCCAUAGAUGAGAGCUCGUCCAGUGCCUCCUGCUCCACAGAGCCCCAGACCAGGCUGAGUAGAUCUGGAGUCUCUGGACAGGUGCGCUCUGAGGCCCAGGCACAGACCCGACUAAGUCGAUCCAGACAGUCGAGCAGACAGAGGAAGAAGGCUGUGAUGAUGCCGCGGGUGGUCCUCACUCCACUCAAGGUCAAUGGUGAACACGUCCCAUCAGGAGCAGCGGGGAGGCGCAGGGAAGACUCUAGGGGGGGUCCAGGCCCCACGCUCCGUGCCCGCCCCGAGCUGGCUAGCUGGAAACGCCCCCAGCACUUCAAGAGCUUGCGUGGCUACCACUCAGGGCCCAUGAAGAGGAGCCGAGGCGGGGUGGAGGUGGACUUUGAGACGCCCGGCUCUAUCCUGGUCAACACCAACAUCAGGGCUCUCAUCAACAUGCGCACCUUCUCUGCCUUCCCAGCCCACUCCCAACAGCAACUCCUGCAGCUCCUCCCUGAGGUCGACCGCCAGGUUGGACCUGAUGGUCUGGCUCGCCUCAGUAACUCAGCUCUCAACAAUGAGUUCUUCACUCACGCCUCCCAGAGCUGGAAGGAAAGGCUUGCUGAGGGGGAGUUCACCCAUGAGAUGCAGGUGCGAUUCCGCCAGGAGAUGGAGAAAGAGAAGAAAGUGGAGGCAUGGAAGGAGAAGUUCUUUGAGGAGUACCAUGGUCAAAAGUCUGGCCUGACCCGAGAAGAGUCUCUGAAGUUGACGAUGAGCGAAGCGGCCGAUGCUGCCACCAGCGUUCUGGACAGCAAGGUGGCCUUGGUGGCGGCGGGAACGCCCAAGCGCCGCAAUGUGGGCAGGCGGAGGCGCGAUGGCAGGAUGAGACGGCGAACGCGGGCAGACUUGAGACGCAGGGCGCAACGCACCCUCUGUAAGACCAACUCCCCUACCCUGCAGUCCUCCAAGCAGCUGGAAGGCACGCUCACUUUAGAUGCAGCUUCUGUUGCCUCUGUCCCCUUGCCCAUCCCAGAGGCCACCACGAUGCAGGGAGAUGUGGUGUUGCAGGCCGACUGUGAACUGGAGGACCCGGCCCAGUGUGCCUCCCUAGAGCCCGUGCCCUGCCCUUCCCCUGUGCCUGCGCUCCCAUCUGUGACCAUGCCUGUGCCCACCCCGACCCCCAGUCCCAGCAACGUAUCCAUCAGCACCUCCGAUGAGCCUGAAGUCACCGCCCGCCUGCUCCCCGAAGAGCCUGCACCUGCCGUCGCCUCAACCUCCUCUCCCUCCUCCUCGUCUUCCUCCUCCUCCUCUUCGUCCUCCUCCCCUUCCUCAUCUCCCUCCUCCAACUCAGAGAGACAGGGGGGGUUCACCGCCGGCUUGGAUUCUUCCUCCUCAUCCUCUUCUUCCUCCACGGCCGCUGCCACCGCUGAUCCACUGGACGACGGGGCCUCCAUGGUCACGGGGGGCACAACCACCAGCAGCCGGGAGAGCAGCCCUGCAGCCAGCCCCACCCCCAUCAUCGCCACCUCCUCCCAGGCCACCAAGGAGCAGAAGAGGAGGCCAGACGAGCCCCAGGCCUUCUCCAGCUUCCCCGAAAAGAGGCCGCGAAUGGAAGAUCGUCAGUCCUUUCGUACCACAAUCGACGGAGUUCACACGGAAAAGCCGCAGCCGACAGCAGAGGAGCCCAAGGUCCCACCUAUCCGGAUUCAACUCUCCAGAAUCAAACCGCCCUGGGUCAAAGGGCCGCCAACCUACCAGAUCUGUCCCCGCAUCGUGCCCCCCGGCGAGGGCUCGCGGCGCUCGGGGACGGGGGCGCGCACCCUGGCGGACAUCAAAGCCCGCGCCCAGCAGGCCCGGGCCCAGCGCGAGGCCGCUGCUGCUGUUGCAGCCACUGGGGAUGGACCAGGGCCGGGCGGGGGCAGGGCUGGUGCUGGGCUACAGGAUCGCAGCAGUGGAAGACGAACGCGAGAGCACCCUGGACCCGUCGAGCCCGGAGGAACAGGAGACGUGGAGGAGCAGGGAUCGCCUGCGGGCUCUCAUCCGCCUGGAACACAACUACAGCAGUCCAAAUUAGAGCCCUCAUCUACCCCCACCCCCAACACAGCUGCCUCGUCCCCCUCCCUGUACACCUCCUCCAACCCCUCCCUAUCCUUCUCCGAGCCCCCGCAGACCCCCACUCCAUCCCCAACCACCCCGGAGGAGCGACCAGGGGAGCUGAGUGGGGAAGAUGUGACACCACCACCAGUCAAAGGCACCUCCAACGGACUCUCGGACAAGGCAGUGCUGCUGGAGCCUGAGUCUGUGUCCAGCCACCUCAGAGGGCGGGGCGAGGGGGACGACUGUGACAGGACAACGGCCAAACAUGGUCCCCUGGCUCCCACCUCCAUCCCAGAUUCUCUGCCCAGGUUCGGGGCCCAGGGAGUGGAUGUGAUCAGGUCCCUGGCUGGGGGAGGAGGGGGUGUCAUCCAACAUGGUUCCCACCACGUGGGGCCACAAGAGAACCCCCCCACCCCGGCCAGAGAGGGCCACAGCCAGAGCGAAAAGCAGUCGCGGCCCCCGGAGAGGGGGAGAGAUACAGCCUCCCUCCCUCGUCUCCCACCUUCAGUCAGAGAGGACGAAGCAGGGCAUCACAGCGAUUCCACGGAGACGGCCUCCGACUGCGAGAACGAGAGCCAGGAGGAGGAGCCCCACCUGAGCAUGUGGAGCCACCGCCUGCCUGCUCAGCGCAACGGCAACAUCCAGCACCUCCAAAGGUUGUCUCAGCAGGCCCACGGCCAGCCUGUGAUCUGCAGCCCCCCUCUACAGCAGAUCCAGCAGCCGGUCAUCCAUGCUCACGUGUCCAACCACCACGGCCACAGCCAAACAGUCAUCCAGCCCUGCUUCCCCAACGGCCUGCCCAGCCAGAGUCUCAUACAGCCAGGCCUAAAGCAGCCGCAGCCUGAAUGCACUCCCCACCCAGACCAACAGACUCUCGCUGCGCCACACUCCCAAACCCAGAGGGGGCACAAAACGGACCCAAUGGAUGACUACAAGGCGUCCAGCCGGGGCUCGGCUGAGGAGGACUGUAGGCUGGGGCUGAAGCCUUCUCCCAUCCACCCCACCGCUGGCUCCAAGAGGCUCCCUAGUUCGGCCCGGCCUGUGUCCACAGUGGAGGCCAACAAUCCUCUGGUCACCCAGCUGCUUCAAGGCAGCCUCCCGAUGGAGAAAGUCCUGCCGCAGACGCACUCGUCUAGCAAGCUAGAGAUCAACCGCCUGCCAGGGGGGCACCAGCCAGCCCCCCAGUCCCAGCUCAGCCGGCAGCAACAGACCAGGAAUCCGGGCCUUCGCUUCAGGGGCCCCACAGAGGCCCAUACGGGGGAGUCCCUGGUCCCUGAGUUGUCCUCUCAGAACCAGCAGAAGUCCCCUGUUGGCCGAGGAGGCUCCCCUGGAGCAAGCCGGAGCUUCGGGUCCUCUCCCCCGGGCACAGUGCCCUCCCGCAUGGCCUGCCUGCUGGAGGAGGCCUCCUCUCGGGCCACGGCCAUGCAGCAGUACCUGUUCCAGCAGCCAGGUGGCGCUGUGCCCCUUGGGGCCGUGCCCGUCAUCACAUCCCUCUCUUCUUCGUCCUCUUCCUCCAGACGGAACUCCCAAGAGUCGGCUGUCAUCAGAGAGUCUCCAGAGAGGCACCACAACAAUCUUGCUCAGCCCCGGGCCACCCCGGACCUCUGCACCACUGAGGUGGUCCCCACUGUCAAGAUAAACUGGCACCCUUCCAAACCCCACCCCCCGCACCAACAGCAGCUCUCGCCCGCACCCAGCGUGAAAGGCGAGGUCACCUCCCGGCCCUCUUGUCAAGCUCUUGCCAAAACCUCCCCCUCUGGCCCCAUGGUAGGUGGAGGGCCAGGUGUGGUGGUCACCAAAAAGGAGGCAGUGAACUCUAUGGACGGUUACCUGACUGGAGGUGGAGCUAUGGAGGGACUGCUGAACAUGGAGAUGUCCUUAGCCCGCAUGACUAAGAAGGAGGCGCAAAGCAAAGCUCAAUACUCUUCCACCUCCCCCUCUUCAUCUUCAUCCUCCUCUUCGAUCUCCUCCCUCCCUUUCCAGCUCUAUGGUAAGCUGCCCAAGCAGGGCGGAGGCAGCAGUGUGUCGGCGCCCGGCUUCAGCUACACGGCCAACGUGUCUGUGGUAGAUGGCAGCGGCUUCUCGAGGAGCAUUGCCGAUGGCGUCCUACAGCUGCGUCAGCGCCACAGUGCCAGCCAGAGCGCCACGCUCAGCAUCCAGGCGUUCGCAGACAGCGCCGCUGAGGAGGUGGCCCUCAAGUGCUCCUGCCGCCUCAAGGCCAUGAUCAUGUGCCAGGGCUGCGGGGCCUUCUGCCACGACGACUGCAUCGGCCCCUCCAAACUGUGUGUAUCCUGCUUGGUGGUCAGAUAGGCGCUUUCUCUGAUGUUGCUACAGUGUUGGUGGUUUGGUGUGCCACCUUCAGCAUACCUGCUCCAUGUAUAAACUGUUAACUAACCUAACACACCCAGGACUUGUGAGAGAAACAAGGGUGUGGGACUUAGGCUUCGACAUGUUCCACCCGUAAGAGGGUGGAACACGGGCAGGGUGAUGCCUUGUAUUAUACAAUCGGUCUGUAUUUUGUUGCUUAUUUUUUCUAAUGCCUUUUAUUAUUUUGUAUUAUAAUUAUUAAUGUGAAUUUACUUGGCACGGUUGAUUUGUAAAUUGUGCCUUUUUUUCUUUUCUCAAAAAAACAUUUACCUCAUCUUGACACCUGUCAUCAGUUCAGUGUGAAAAUGGUGGCCGUUUGUUAUUGUUUUUGUUUUCCUCUCUGGGGAAUUUGUUCUAGUCUCUUUCUUGCAAAUAAAUAUUUUUUUAAAUCAUUAAAGCAAGCAUAAAUUA